AUGGGGGAGGCAGGCAUACCAGGUGAUAUAUUGGGAACGUUGAAAUACUGGUACGGAUCUCAGACCAAUGUGGUAAAAUGGGGUAAUGGUGGCUUUUCUAACGAGUACACACUUAAAUGUGGCGUAAGACAGGGUGGCCUAACAUCUCCGUCCUUGUUUAACCUAUAUAUAAAUGGACUGAUUGAGGAGCUCAGCAGAUCAGGCGUCGGCUGUCACAUGUGUAAUGAACCAGUAAAUAACUUAAGCUACGCCGACGACAUGGUCUUGCUGAGCCCCUCAGUUGACGGCCUACGAACAAUGCUUUCCAUAUGCGAAAAAUAUGCCCUGAGACAUGGACUAACGUAUAAUGUUAAAAAGUCAGAAGUCAUGAUUUUUAGACAUGACAGAACUUGUUGCUUUAAUCCAGUAAUAACACUUGGCGGCACUCAAUUAAACGUUGUAUCGAAAUUUAAAUAUCUAGGUCAUGUAAUUAACAAUAAUCUAAAAGAUGAUGACGACAUGGAAAGGCAAAAGAGGUCCAUUGCUGCAAAAGCCAACAUGUUGGCGCGCCGAUUUGCUCGGUGCAGUAACGCAGUAAGGAUCACUCUGUUCGUGGCUUACUGUCAGGCGUUCUACACCUGCUACCUAUGGAAGAACUAUACACAGCGGACGUAUCACGCGUUACGCGUGCAGUAUAAUAAUGCAUUCAGAGCUAUGCUCAACCUACCGUGGAGGUGUAGUGCGUCUGGCAUGUUUGCCGAGAAUAGGGUAGAUGACUUUUAUGCAGUGAUGAGAAAACGGGCUGCCUCCUUCAUGAACCGAAUACGAAAUACUGACAAUAUUAUUGUCCAGGCUGUGUAUGACUGCUGCAAGUUUGACAUUUGUGACAUGUAA